AUGUCAGAAUCGAACAACGGAGAGAUUGUUGGUGCCUUUACGGAGAUAUCAUCUGAUUCCGAAGGAGCUAAUUUUGAAUUUAUCCCUGUACCAGCUGAAGACAAUACCCCCGAAUCGACAAAAUAUAAUACCCCUGAUAGUGGUUCCACCUCUCCUCCCUCUGGUGCUGAAGCCUGGAAGCAGAAUAUACUAAUUAGUAUGAUACCACGUAAAGAUGUCGAAUCUGGAAAAUAUCCCGGUGCCCAUGUAUUUUCUCCGGUAAAAGGCCUCAAUAAUAAGCGUCCAGUUACAGGUUUGGAUUUCGCAUCAUUAUAUCCAUCUAUUUUCAUGACUUACAACUUUUCAUCCGAAAUGAUAAUAUUAGAGGAAAAAACAGCUACGGAACUACAACAGAAAGGAAUACGUCUCCAUAAAAUCGAAUUCACAUUUAAUGGUCGAAUAUUACAAGCCUG